UCCAAUCCUUUUCUCCAUAUUUAAGCUUUAUCUCUUUCUCUGGUUUUUCUCUCUCUUUCUCUCUUAAAGACAUUGAAACGAUUGUCGUUUCCACAGCUUGGAAGAACGUUUGUGUAUUCAAUUCGUUGAUGGCGCCUUUUUCGAUCGGUGAUUAACUGUGAUGCACUUCAUACCUCACCUAUGGCUUUCUCUGCAUCUCUUCGCUCUACCUUUUCUCCAUGCUACUCACAGUUGUUGUGUUCUCUUAGGUUCAAUAGGAAGCAUCGUAGCCGAAUAGGUUUCGUGUCGAGAGGAGAAAGAAAACGUCGUCAUGUAUGGAAUGAUGUUAGUGUUAGAUCGGUAUUGAAUAGCAAUGGCCGUAGCAUUAGUGAUUAUGGAGAAGCUGAAUCUGCUAGGGUUCUGCUCGAACGAUUGUUCGAGCAGACGCAGAAACUGGAGCCUGAGAUGACCGGAGGGGAAUUGGAUCUUCGAGUUCUGGAGUCGGAUCUUCUGGCGGCACUCGCGGCGUUGAAGGAGAAGGAAGAUCAUCUGCAGGAAGUGGAGAGGACGGUUUUGUUGGAGAAUAGUAAAUUGAAGAACACAAAGGAAGAGUUAGAGCGCCAAGAGAAUGAAAUUGAAGCUGCUCGCGCCAGGUAUGAAAAAUUGGAAGAGGAGAUGAAGCAGGCUACUCUUAAUUUGGUUUCUCAAGCUAGCCAGAUAGAGGAACUAAAGCUCUGGCUUAGGGAACGCGAUCAAGAGGUUGCUUCUGUACAGAACACGCUAACAAUGAAGGAAGAAGAAGUGGAGAAAAUGAGAAUUGAUUUGGAGAAGAGGAAUCAAGAAGCUGCAUGUGUUGAUUCUGAGCUUCGAGAGAAGGCUCAGCUUCUGGCUGAAGCAAAGGAGGUUAUGAACAAACAAGAAGUUGAGCUUCAAGAACUGCAAAGAGCUGUUCAAGAAAAAGAAGAACAACUUCGAGUUUCUCUGGCUGAGAGGAAGCUUGGAGAAGAAAAGCUGAAGGUUGCAGAGAACACCAUGGAAAAACAGGCAAUGGAGUGGUUUUUAGCGCAGGAGGAACUUAAGAGGUUGGGAGAGGACGCUUCAAGAUAUGCACGGGAGAGUGCUGAAACUAUGGAGGAUUUCAGAAGGGUGAAGAAGCUUCUCAAUGAUGUGAGGUCUGAAUUAGUUUCAUCCCAGCAAGCACUCGCAUCUUCUAGAAACAAAAUGGAAGAACAAGAGCGGUUGUUGGAAGAGCAGCAGGCUGAACUUGCAGAACAAAGGGCAUGUGUCAUGUCUUACAAGGAAAAUUUAAGAGAUGCCCAAAUAGAAGUGGAGAGUGAAAGAAGUAAACUUAAGGUUGCAGAGGUUCGGAACAAAGAACUUGAACGGGAUCUGUCCAUGGAAAAGGAGCUCGUAAAGGAUUUACAAGAGGAGCUGAAGAAAGAGAGAACUUCUUUGGAGCAAGCACUCCAAGAAAUGUCUUUGCUUCAAGACGAAUUAGAGAAAAAAAGUGCUGAAUUCAGAGAAACAAGUGCCAUUCUUCAUGUCAAAGAGUCUGAGCUUGUUGAUGCUAAGCUAGAAAUUCAGCAUUUGAAAUCUGAAAAGGCUUCUCUUCAGGUUCUCUUGGAGGAGAAAGACUUGGAACUUUCCAAUGCUAGGAAGAUGCUGGAGGAACUAAACCAGGAAAUCUCUGAUCUUAAGAUGCUUAUGAACAAUAAAGAAACACAACUUAUUGAAGCAACCAAUAUGCUAAGGGAGAAAGAUGAGCAUGUGAAGAUAAUCCAGUGCAAGUUAAAUAAUACUAACCUGAAGGCUUUCGAAGCUGAAUCUGUGGUUGAACGAAUUGUAGAGCUCACGAACAAGCUGGUUGCUUCCAUUAAGGAUGAUGACAUUAACUCAUCAAGACCACUAGAUGAAAUGGGUAAUCAACUACUCGAGCAACUAUUGGAGGAACCUACUAAUGAAUUGAGGUGGCAACAAAAACGGCUUGAGAAUGAGCUGGAGUUGACCAAAGAGAGCUUAAAAACAAAGGAGAUGGAAGUUCUUGCUGCACAGAGAUCUCUAACAAUAAAAGAUGAGGAGCUUAAAAUGACUCUUGUAAGAUUGGAUGCAAAAGAGGAAGAGUUAAAAAAAGUAAGGGAAGAGGUGACAGAAGAUGCUAAUGAUCUUAAAAGUAUGUAUGCUUUGGCGCAGGAGAGAAUUGGUGAUAAAAGCAUCGGAGACUUGGCAGUUGAGAAGCUUCAGCUUGAGGCAUCUCAGCUUGAAGUUGAAGCUGCUACUAGUGCUCUACAAAAACUUGCAGAAAUGAGUCGACAACUUUUGAAUAAGGCUAUCAUGAGUGUUGAAACUGAUAACUAUAUCAGUGUCAUGCAAAAUAACGAUAAUAACCCUGAUUCAUUUACAGAUAUCAAUACCACUGACUAUUUCGCUGAGGUAAAAGCAGGAGUUACUCGACUCUCAGCUUUGACUGAGCAGCUUGUGAUGGAGGCGGGUAUUGUUGCUGCAAACUAGAAGAGGUAAUGAAGAAGGUUGUGAAGGGAAAUUAUAUGUUGUUAUCUAUGUGGCCAAAAGCCAUUGCAAGGUUAACUUUUUUUUUUGGUGGAGCAUUGUAUCUUCACUUUGUUAGCAAGAUAUAUAUAUAUAUAUAUAUAUAUAUAUAUAUAUAUAUAUAUAUAUAUACAGCGAUCACAUCUGUUGUCUAGUAGUGGAGGUGGAAACCUGUUUUGUUGUACUAGUUACAUUCAGAAUGUAUUUAUUUUAGACAAUAAGAUGUAAAGAUUUUCGUUU